CCCUGCCCAUCCUGGAUGCGCCGCCGCUGUCUGCCCCGCAGUCUCCCUCAGACAUCACGGAGGACGCUAGCAGCUCCGGCAGCCCCAGCAGGACGCUCCAAACACGGCUGCACAUGUUUUUAAUCGAAGACCAGCCCGCCGAGGAACACCUGAGACAAGAUGUACCACUCUGACCAUGGCGUAGACUUCCCUGACCUCUCCUUCCAAAUCCCUGGCAGCCCUGCAGAGCUGCUCCAAGCUGACAGAGAGUAAAACCAAACCCCACCAGGCUUCAUCCUUCCCCCUCUUCAGCCACUCCCUCCUCCAGCUCCACUCCCAGCCUCCCUCCUCCUGGACCAUGGACAGCCCUCCGAAGCUGUCCGGCGAGACCCUGAUCGUGCACCACAUCCCCCUGGUGCACUGCCAGGUGUCGGGCCAUCGGCAGGGAGGCUGCGGGAGCUCUCUGAAGAGAAGCAACCCGUUCAGCCCGCCGGAGAACCUUGGCUUGAGUCGCACCACUUCCCUCCCGGAGAGAGACGUCCUCCAGAGGGAAGCUCUCCUCUACAGCAGCCUGAUCCAGACUUCCAGCGGCUCCUGGGCCUCCCACACCGGAGGGAGGGAAAGGAAGGGCGGCGGGAGAGGAGGCAGCACGGCGAGCGACGAUUCCUCGUUUACCUCCAGCAACUCGGAGGACCAGUUGAUCACCGCUCACACGUUACCCAGAGCCAAACCCAGGAACAGGAAUCCGCUGCGUCACAAUCCGUUCCUGCUGAACACCGAAGACGACGAGGAUGAGGAAGAGGAGGAGGACGAGGGCGACAACCUCAGCGGCUACCUGGAGGACUCGUCUUUCCACCUCCACAGUGACGCCAACUCCGACGGCUUGGCGCCCUUCCACCUGCACGACCUCGGAUUCGCCUCCGAGCCGUUCCUUUUGCACAGUUUGGUCGGGGGAAGCAGCCGGGAGUCUCUGAGAGGCGUCGCUUCAGAUCUGUCCGCCCACCUGGAGGACCUGGACAUCUUGGGCCUGGACAGCCAGCGGCGCCACGGAAGCAGCGGCUCCAACAUGUCCAUGGACUGCGGGGAGCAGGACUGGGGCGACGACGACGAAGAAGAUGAAGACCACCCGAUGAGGUGCGGUCGAAGCAGCAAGACAGGCUCGUACUCGUCUGGCUCGUCCACCCAGCACUGCUCCUGCUGCGCCCUGUCCCAGAACUACCCCCAGAACUACCCCCAGCACUUCCCCGAGCCUUUCUCCGAGUGCCAGCAGGGCUACGGCAGCGACUCGUCCUGCAACAGCUCCGACGGCGUCCUCGUCAACUUCAGCGCCAUCUACAACAAGAUGAACAACGGCGUCCCGGAGAAGCCGCCGGCCUCCGGAACCGCCAACCUCAACAGCUCCACCGACCACUCCUGCACCUCCUCGGUGUCCGAUCUGCACCAGCGGGACUCGACCGGAGGAGCCUUCUACCUGGACCUGCACACCUCCCCGACCGAGCCGCCGCCGUCCCACCAGCAGCCCUCCUUCCCCCUGAUCCGGGAGCCUCACCUGUCCACCUCCUCCACCUGCUCCUGCUCCGUGGAGCACCAGGGGCUCCUGGACCUCGACGCCAACUGCAACUCCUUCCACCCGCCUCCUCGUGCUGGAUCCUCGGGCGACCUCGCCUCCUGCCUGCAGAGUCAGGCCCGGCUGGUGGUUGCCACCCAGAACUACUACAAACUGGUGACCUGCGACUUGUCGUCCCAGUCGUCUCCGAGUCCAGCAGGCUCCUCGGUCAACAGCUGCUCCGACGAACACAGCAAAGGAAGCCCAACGCCGACUCAGCCCAGCGAGUACUUCUUGUUCAGGCAGCGGGCCGACGAGCAAGGCGUGGAGGAGGAGGACGAAGAUGGAGAGUCAUCCAGGCGAGAUGAUGAUGACGACGAUGAUGAGGAGGAGGAAGAAGAGGAGAGGAAGACGAAGGAGGCAGCCGGUGCUGCUGAAGCUUCUAACACCAUGAUCGAAGGUCAGGUUUACGUGAACGUUUCCCCUCCGAUGGCGGGUCGGGGGGGGAUCGGCGCCGCCUCGGGAAGCCGUCCACGAUCCCGCAGCUACGACCGCAACCUGGACAAAUCCCCGUCUCCUCGGCUCGGCUCUUUAGAGCGCAUGCUGAGCUGCCCGGUCCGGCUCAGCGAGGGCUCCGCCCCAGCGCCGCCGCCGCCCCCCAGGGUCACCUCCUUCGCGGAGAUCGCCAGGAGCAAACGCAGGAACGGAGGUAACGGAGGGUCGCCGUCCACCAAGGCGGCGGCGGUGGACCCCUUCUCCUCCACCUACUCCACCCACUCCCACUCCUCGGUGGAUUUCUCUCCGAUCCUGGAGCAGCGGGUCGAGGCGGACAGUCAGCUGUCACCCACACCGUUCACCAGGUGUUACAGUCAGGGCAGCAUCGAGAGACACCUGGAGGGGGCGAGAGAGACCCGGGCCAAGGGUGAAGGUGGUCUCUCCACGUCCUCCGACAGCCGCCCGGCGGUGGUCCGCUACUCUAAGGACCAGCGACCCACCACUCUGCCCAUCCAGCCCUUCACCUUCCACCACCAGUUCUCCUCCAAACCCCCCCAGCCCAAGCCCCUGCUGCCCCUGCUGACCGGCUACGUCUCUGGGAUGCAGGCUCGCUCCAGCUCGGGUUCCGGCUCCGGUUCUGGAGGUCCGGUCGGGGAGGACGGUGAAGACGGAGCUGAAAACAGAUACCGGGGUUCCCUCGGCACAGCGGCUCCUCCUCCAGGGUCGGUCCGGCCUUCGCCUCUCGGCAGCUACUCCCCGGUCCGGCUCCAGGGGGCCCCCAGCUCUGGGACCUGCUCCACCUGCAGCCCCAGUCCUCAGCCCACCCACAGCCUCUCCUGCCCCCUUUCUGCAGGCCUGGGACCCCUGCACACCCCACCCACAGUGAAACAGGGAGGCGGGUCGGCGCCGUUGCCCCUGACUCCUCCUCCUUCCUCCCUGGGGGCGAAGAGAGGGGCGGUGCCUCCGAUGCUGCCGGCGGUUCAGGGACACUGUUUCCACCGAGGAUCUCUGUCCAGUUUACCGUCACUCCACAGCGACACACUGAGCCCACUGGGCUGCCUGGACUCUGGAAAACAUGCAGAGGGAAGCAAAGGACCCGGAGCCCGGACUCAUAAUGCGCACCACCUCUCUCCUCAGGCUCUCAAAUGGAGGGAGUACCGGCGCCGAAACCCUCUGGGGGUGGAGAGGGUAUCUGGGGGCCACUCCUCUGGUGGAUCGGGCCCCUUGUCUGGCAGCCUGGAGGCCAGGAAGGGUGGGGGACCCAGACCGGCCCGACGCAAUGUGUUCGAUUUCCCUUCCACCCACUCUGGCCACUCGCUGGGACGCCUCAAUGUCGGUCAGUCGGCGAAGCUGCAGCAGAGCUACAGCGACUUCCUGCCCGAUUAUUUCUCCCUGACGGAGAAACCUCCAGAGGAGUUCUGCCUCUCCCCGGACGCCUCCACCUCCUCUUCCUCCUGCUCUUCAUCACAGUCGCAGAUCUCCAUUGACCUGACGCAGAAGAGAGGUUUGGUUAAAGCCGUGAACACAGCGGUGGAUCUGAUCGUGGCUCACUUCGGCACCAGUAGAGACCCGGACGUAAAGGCUAAACUGGGGAACAGCUGGGUGAGUCCCAACGUGGGUCACCUCAUCCUGAAGUAUCUUUGCCCGGCGCUGCGUGAGGUUCUGCAGGACGGACUGAAGGCCUACGUCCUGGAUCUGAUCAUUGGACAGAGACGCUGUCAGCCCUGGAGCCUGGUGGAGGCGUCCACACAGCUGGGUCCAUCCACUCGUGUUCUCCACAGCUUGUUCUCUAAGGUGAGCCAGUACUCGGAGCUCACAAGCCACAGCAUGAGACUGAACGCCUUCAUCUUCGGUCUGCUCAACCUGAAGUCUUUGGAAUUCUGGUUCAACCACCUCUACACACAUGAAGAUAUCAUAGCAGCACACUACAGCCCGUGGGGUUUCCUUCCCCUCUCUCAGGGAGCCUGCCAGCCUCUGUUUGAAGAGCUCCUCCUCCUGCUGCAGCCGCUGUCGCUGCUCCCCUUUGACCUGGACCUGCUGUUCGAGCCUCACCUCCUCCAGAAAGGCCAGGAGCAGCUCCGUCGCAAGGAGCAGCUGUGCUCCGCCGGCCGCUCCAGCCGCUCCACCUUCCAGCUCAUGAGGGGCUGGAGCGCCACCGUCAGCGAGAUGGUCCGAGACUCCGGCGCCGAGGCCAGGAAGGAGAGGACGGGGCUGAGGAGGGAGGGGACGUGGCCGAGGAUGGAGGUGACCGGGAGAAGAGACGGAGGAGCGAAAACAAGGUUGAGGAAAGACGGAGCGACGACCGAGAGCAUGACGGAUGAUCCUGGUAGCAGAGCGACGGGGAUGGAAGUAGGGUUUGCCGAUCUGUGGAGGGAGAGAGGGAUGGAGGGGCAGAGGGUGAAGGGAGUCGGGCAGGAGAGCAGUGCAGAAGGUGAGGAUCUACAGGACAGGAGGAAGGGAGUUGCCGUGGACGACGAGCGGCAGCGGCAGGACAGGCAGGCCGGGUGGUGGUACCAGCUCAUGCAGUCCUCCCAGGUCUACAUCGACCAAUCCACGGAGGGCUCCAAGUUCGUCAAAGCCGAGAAGAGGAAGAGGUCUUCAGAGAGGCGGCAGGGACAAGCGCCGCCCACCAGAGAGGGCGUGGUGGAGGGAGCCGAGUCCAGCCAGGAGGGCGAGAUCAGGAAAAGCUCCAGCAGCGAGUCGGCCGGAUCCAGAGGGAGGCCUUCGUGGAUGGGAAGCCCCCCAGAGUCUGUCCUCACCCAGGAGAAAGACUCGGAUCCUCCGGAGGCUCCAGGGACCGGAGCUCAAGCUGCAGCCCAGGAGGAGAGCCCCUCGCAGGGACAGAGUCUGCGCUGGGGGAGGCUCUUCGGCUCCAGCCUCGGUUCUCCUUUGAGAGCAGAGGGGGCUGAACAGAAGGUGAAAACCCAGAAGACCAGGCCUCCGUCAGGUUGGCUCGGUUUGGACAGAUCUGUUCUUGGCCUCGUGGCUCAGACUCUUGGAGGAGGAAGUGGAAAGAAGACAGAAAAUCCUGUUUCACCAAGUCACUCUCAAACCACAGCUUCAACAGCAUCCAAGCGCCCGAGUGAAGCCAUACAACAGUCAACGUGUGAGGUCCGAGCGUUGUGCCACCACAUAGCCACCGAGCCCGGCCAGCUGAGCUUCAACAAGGGCGACAUCCUGCGAGUUCUGAGCAAAGCCGAUCCCGACUGGCUGCUGUGUUCUCUGGGCUCCACCCAGGGUUUGGUUCCCAUCAUCUACGUCACCCUCAGCGGCAUGGACGACAGCCAGGACGCCGCCGGACCGGAGCGGUGCUGAGGAAAUAAUCCAAAAGACGAAGCUCUGGAGACGAAGGCUAUCCCUGCCACUUAGUUACUGUUUUUGGCUGUACUUUGGGACGGAUUCCUGACAAACUUUGUAGAAAAAAAUGCAGAAGAUGUACAGACACGUGCGAGGAAAGCAUGCAGGCUCAACCACAAACUCAUAUCUGCUUCAAGAUCAGACAGAGUAUGCAUGCAUACAUCCAGAAACCAAAAGACCAGAAACAAACCCAAAGACUCCAACUUGUUUCUCUGCGUCCGACUGGCUUCACUCUGUGACCGUCCAGUCUGUAGAUCAUCCAUCUCUACUGUCAACAAACCAGAGGAGACGGUAAUCUUCGCUCUAUGAUAUACUGCAAACCAUGACUGGCUGCACUUUGCUGUUCUGUCUGUACAUUCACCUCGCUGUGCCACACCUGAACACAGCGCUCAGUUUCUGCCCUCAGCCUGGUCUGGUGUCCUGUGGCUUACUUAGUGCUGAAUUCAUUCACAUAGAGGCCGGUUAAUCUUUGCUUUUUUUGGUUUUUAGGAUUUAAGGUGGGUAUAUAGAAGCAAAAAAUGAACUUUCUGAUCCAUGACUCUAGUAACAGAGAAUUUGAGAGUAGAAUUUCACACUGGAGUUUGUUUUAAAAGCUUUUUAACCAUUUAAAGUGAAAAGGAAACAAAAAAAACGGGUUUUCAUUUGUCCAUCUGUCUGAUUUGAUCACUGUUUAUCAAAGCCUGUUUCUUUGGAGACGACUGAAUGAUUGAAUGGAUGUAUCGACCACAGACUGCAUAGAAAAGAUGGAUGGAGCUGCUGUGACGUCACUCAUUGGUUUCUGGUUGAGUUUGAAAUUAGGCUUUCACUGUCUUAGUUUUUUUUUUUAAAGACUACACAGUACCAUAUGCUGGCGACCUGUCAUGGUACAAGUCCACAAGCUCCACCAUUUCUACACUUACCAUUCAUUGUUGAUGUAAACAGCCCUGCAGUGCAUGUUGACUUUGAAAAGAUGGCUCAUCAUGUUGGAUGCUCCUCGUUGCAUAAAACUGAGGACUAUUUUAUGCAAAUCAGAGGCAUCUUGCAUGACUCUUUGCCUUUACAAACUACCCUAAAAGACUUUUAAAGUAACCACUGUUGGUUUAAAAUGAGUAUAAAUUAAGUAGCUGCACACCUUAUUUCUCAUUUUUGUGAACCCCUUUAACAAUAAUAAGCCAAAGUUUCCAAACAAGCUAACAUGUUGGUCCAGUUUGAAAUGCUGCAAGUCAAGCGUCCGUCCAAUCAGGUGCAACCGUUGAUUAUGCAGUUAUCAGGAUGUAAUCUGUAUUGGUUUCCUGUUGGAGAAAACCUGUCUAAACUGUCAUCUAUUGUAACGCUGCCUAGUUGUAGGGCCGUAAAGCAUCCAAUGCUGUGACUUGUAAACCCUUUGGACACUUACUAUCAGUCACAAAGUAGCCACGACCUAAAAGCUACCCUGCUUUAUCGUCUAUGUUCUUCUAAAUUCGUCAAUAAUUUACAAAAUAAACAUCAUGCUGUACUGAAGGAGACUUGAAACUAGCAAUUGGGACCAGAAAUGUAUCAGGAAAAUGUUCACAGAGAGAGUAAAUCAAGUGAGAAGUAGGUUCAUUUUCCCAUAGACUUCUGUAAAAUCAGAUUUCUUUCUGCAGCCAGAAGAGUCGCCCCCUGCAGACUGUUAGAAGGAAUGCAGGUUUAUAGCACUUCUGUGUUGGCUUCGCUUUUCAAACCUGGAAACAACAUCCAUCUUAUAUAAACUGUAUAAAACUAUGGUUGACACAAGCGCCUGAAAAAUGAAGCCAACAUAGGAGUGUCAACAACUGCAGUUCCACAAAUGUCCACUAGAGGCUGGAGUCAGUCUCCUUAGACCUCCAUGUUAAAACAUCCAACUUUACAGCGGAAAUAAACAUGUUUACAGCCUGGAUCAAAAGAUGGUUUCGGUCUGUAGAGCUAAUUUCCCCUUUCAUGACAACUUUAUAGAUGGAUAAUGUUUAAAUAUCUCACCUGUUUUGAUUUUAUUAAGACUUAAAGUUAUGCACAAUUACCGUCAAUGUUUGCAUAGCUCCACAUCUUGGCUAAUUUUUAUGUUAGCUUGGAGUUAAGAGGAGUCGAGGUGACGUCACAUACAGUUCGUCCAUCUUUAUCUACAGUCUGAGUUGACGCUGUUUGAUAGCAUGUAACCUCACAAAAAUCUCUUUCCUGUUUCACAUGUGCUCAAACUCAAAUCCAAGAGGACGGCUUUUGAGGACAAACACAAUCGAGCAAGUUGGUACAUUCUGUAAAUGCAUAUAUGACUUAAUAUGAGGUUUAUUUAUUUAUUGACCUGUUUGAUUAACCGACGGAAGCAUCUAAAUGGACAGAAAACAGGGAGGUCUGUGGGGAAAUUCUUCAAAACUAAUUAGUUCCUUGUUAAGCAUUUAAAAAGGGGUUAAAAAAAAAAAACUCUUCUAUGCCUUAAAGUGCUUGAAGGAAAAAGAGGCAGACGCCCAGCUAGCGAGAUAUUUGUCCUGAUUUUACAGUAUAUUUUCUAUAUGCUACGACGUGACACUUUCCCCAGAUCCGUGUCUGCACAGAUGCUUGGGAGGAAAGUAUUGUGAAGAAAUAGAGAUCUAUGGUGAUAUUUUUGUGAUGCUUAAAGGGAAACCGCCGACGCAUUUCAUGUAGGCGGCUUUACGGGCGCCGCUAACUGUCGCGCCCAGGUGUAAAAAACGUGGCCUUAGGUUCAAAACGAGACGACAAAGAACAAAAAAAAUGACGGCUGUAUACAGUAAACCUGGAUAGACUGUAUUCACAUGACCAGUCCAAAUAUUACACAUUACAAGGUGGUAAAGUCUAUGUACAUUUAUUAAAUAAAUGAAUGCUUGUGUAUUUUUGGAGAAUCUUACAUAGGAUAUAAUUUUACCAUUUUUUUUCUCUUUUUGUUGCAUUAUUGUACAGUUUUUAUGAUUUUUAACAUUUAAUUUCAACCUCUCAUCGGCGUGUAAAUAUAUUUAAAUCAUGCAACGGUUAAGUUUCUGCCAUAGAGCUAUAUGUAUGAAUGUCAUUAAUGCAUUUUACGUUAACUACGGAAAGCAAGUAUAAGCUUCAGUUUCACCGCUAACAACCUGCUGACUAUAAUACGGAGUUUCAGAGGCAGUUUGCUGUUGGUUGAGUUCAAAAACACAAAGUAGUAGAUUAAAACCAGAGAGGCUCAGGGGGUCAGAGGCAAAGACAGGCUCACUUUUAACUAGAUUCGCUGAAAUGUUGUGCAUUAAAAGUAGAAGAGGCAUCGAGGAGAGGAAGAAAGAAGGACGGUUUGUUCCUUGUUUCCUUCUCUCUGGCCUGUUUUCUCUGUGCUUUCUCUCUGCCGGCUGCCUCCUGCCUGUAAAUACCUUCAGCAUCAGUGACACUGCUCUUCUCUCUGUGUCCGGCUAUAUGAUGUGUACGUACGACAUUAUCAAACUACUAUGGAUGUUAAAUAACAAAGUGCUCAUGUGAUCACAAACUCA